AUGGCUCAAUCACUCGCUGCGGCCGGGCAAAAACUAGAGCGGCGCACAGUUGUGUCGGUCCUCCUAUUUCCUCAUCAGCCAUACGCGUCCAAGCCAUAUAGAGUUCUUCUGUUCCGCCGCUCUGACAAGGUCAGCACAUAUCGGAGGAAGCUUGCGCCCAUUGCAGGCUCGGUCGAGACGUACGACAAGUCGCCCCUCCAUGCAGCCUGGCGAGAACUGAAGGAAGAGACUUCUUUCGGACCACAGCAAAUUGAGCUAUGGAGACGAGGUGCCGGAUUCGAAUUUACGGACCAGAAGGUUGUGGUUGUGGGCGAAGGCGACCACCAAGUCAAGGGACGAGUCUGGAAGGUCUGGCCCUUUGCGUUUCGCUUGACCAAGGAGACUGCCGACUACAGUAAUGAUGUCGACAAGUUGGGGCUCAAGAUGAACUUCGAGCAUCUGGGCUGCCAAUGGCAGAAUGUCGACGAUGUUCUGAGUGGCAAGAUAUUGGAUGACUGUGUGCCGAGACUGGAAGUGACACUCGGGCAGGUCUGGGUUGAUCCCGACAGCAUAUUGUACCAAGCACUGGAAGAACUUCGACUAGACCAUUCACACGGGGCUCGAGAACUGGCCACAAUGGCAGUGAAGUCACUGAUCAAGAUCGUUGAGCACGACCAGCAAACGCAGCGGCCUGGAGAUGUUACCGAAUGGUGGAAGGGCUUUCAACGACAGGCAUUUCAUCUCGCCUUCAAUGGCCGCCCAAGCAUGGCGGCUGCCAUCUCGAAUGCUGUUGCCACGGCCUUGAAAGAAGCAAAGAAUCAGAUUGACCCCUCGGCACCAAAUUACCUCGAGAACGUCAGACAGAGCCUUGACGCCUCUGUCGCCAAACGGGGAGAGAUAUCCAGACAAGUGAGUCACCAAUUCUCGAGAUUUUUGCGAGACACGUUCAGGCCAGCUGCUCAAGGCCGAACAGGUGAGAAGGAACGCAUCAAGAUUUUGACCCUGAGUUCGUCCUCAACCAUCAAAACUGCGAUUCUGCAUGCCCUCGACGCCGAUGGGUCAUUGUCAAUGGAACUGCGCAUCCUCGAAUCGCGGCCCCUUAACGAAGGCGUGAGCUUUGCCAACGCAUUGACCGAAGAAGCCCAGCGGCGCCACGAGCCUGGGGCCACGGGCCCUUUCAUUGACGAUCGCCUGCGAAUUGUUCUAGCAAGUGAUGCCUCGGUUGGUGUGCUGAGUAAGGACGUCGACCUUGUCAUUAUUGGUGCCGAUCGGAUUUCAGAAGCGGGAGAUGUGAGCAACAAGACCGGCUCCCUGGCGGCUGCCUUGAUCAGCAAGGCAGUCACCAAUGGCACGGCUGCCGUUGUGUGCAUCAGCGAAAGUGAAAAGAUUGCGGUCCCAGGAGCCGCGGCCGAUCAUCCGGAAGAGGACAACGACAAAACCGAGCUCACCAGCAGCUGGGGCAAGCCACAGCCCGCUGCCUUGUGGGAUGAAAUGAUCACAGUCCGCAACGUCUACUUUGAAUGGGUACCUGCCCAACACAUUGACUACUACGUCUGCGAGGACGGCACGCUGUCGACGCAGGAUAUUCGCCAGAGGUCGAAGCGGAUAUAUGAAAUGAUGAACGAGGUCUUCACGGUCGAGCAGGGAUUGAACAUUUUCGAAACGCCAGGUCGUUUAUAG